AACAGCAGUUGUCAUUCCGUGAUCCGUCAGUCGACUUGGGUCGUUCGUUACGUUUAUACGUGGCUUCAUCGCUCCCGUUCAGUUGCAUUAAAGUUGUUGUGAGACGUGACCUACAAGCGACGACGAUUAUAAUCGCAUUUCUACCGUGAACUAUCAUGAUCGUCCAGAACCGUGGAAACUCAGCUUUCUAUCUUCCAACGGUACUACCAGAGCCGUUACUUUGACGUGUUUACAUCCUCAAUGGAAGAUGCUGAGAAAAGUACUUGAAUUACGAACAGAAACAAACGUUUCAAGUUGUAAAAAUACAUUUGCGUUAGUGAAGUGAUUAAUGAAGAUGUGCUCGUGCAGCAAAUUUUAUGACUUUUGGAAAAAUACAUGCGGGGCAGGCAUGUCUCUAGACGAAGGUAGACAGUCACAACGUCCGUACCGCUAUGGCAUGGUGCUGCUCUGCGCCGGUGCCCUCAUCAACUGGUUGGGGCUGGCUGAGGACUACGCGGAGCCAGUCCGCUAUGUAGGCGUGGCGUGUAUUGUUGCCGGCGCUCUGCUCAUCUGCGCCGCCAUGUGCUGCUGGCUCCAGUCACCGGCGCGGCAGCCUCACAACGACCGUGCAUCGCCUGAUACUCAUCAAAUUGACGAUCCGAUUCAUGUCAUAUCAAUGCCGGAUGAAGAGAGCAUGCAACAAAAGCCGCCGGAUUACGACACGGUGGCCGGAGCGCCGCCGACCUACGACGACGCUAUCAAGUUGAACCCGGCCAGGCUACUUCCUGCGAGCACCAGCCACCGAAUCGACACUCCUCACACCCAGCACUUCGACGCCCCCACAAUCCCUGGACAACUCGAGGACAUCCGCAACCAACCCGUGGCUUCAGUCCACCGCCCGCGUGGUUCAGUCCCUAAAACGCCACCUCCCCCUUACAGGGCGCCGCAAGCAAUCAGAUGAAGGCUGACCAGACCAACUGUGUUACCUUACCGACUGCUGUUCCCAUUGUAUAUAAUAGACAUGAGCAGUUGAGCAUUUAGAUAACGUGCGGCUCCUCGAGUAGGAUUAAUUUAAUUGUGUCAUUAAAUCGUUGAGGUAUUAUUUUAUUAAACGUCCGUCAAAGUAAUGUAAUCAUACGUGGAUCGAUUCUUAAUGUUAUUAGAAUGUCGAGCUUGAGAAUGAUGCGUACUUAUGUGAUAUUAAAAAUGUUAUUAAAAACUAGUUACUUAAUUUACCUACCUGCUGUAUAUAUGAAUAAGAAUUAUUAUUGUUUAAGUGAUUAAUAAUUUGUAAACUGUUGAACAUUUUUAUGAAUAUUUUCUUUAUGAUAAGAUAUCUCUUCCAUUCAAAUUCGUUUAAAAUAUUUUGAACUGUUUGGACUAUUGUUUUUUAUAUUUUACGCAAUCCAUUUGCUCAAUUUAUUGCAUCUGUAGUAAACGAAUCCUUACGCUUAACGUGGGGAAAGUAUACGUUAAAUUCAUUGCAAAUGUUCAUAUACUGUUGAAAAAUUGGCGCAGUAGGACCAGUAGUUUAAAAAAUGUAUAAAUUACAAACCGCGUGAUAUGUGGGGCAUCUGUAAGAACUAAAACAAUUUAACAAUGGGUGCGAGAACAUUCGAUGGCAGAUAUAAGACAUCUUCAUAAAUUAACAAUUCACCUUCGAAUGUUUUCGAACCAUUUUCAUAACGACUUAUUUAGAACUAGUGAUGAACAAAUGAUCGUUCUAUUUUGUUCCCAUUCUAGUCUUGAAUAACGACUAUAAUACUAACGUUAUUGUUAUAAUCAAUCGAAGUAACCGAUAUUUUCUACAUGUACAGAUUUUCAUUGCACAACUUGAACAAUUAAUGAUAUAUCAUAUUUCCGUCUCGAGUUGUUUGAAGCAGUUUGAAUGUCUUCUCCCUCACUACAUUCUAAGAACUCGUAUUUUUGACUCUUUCUAUCCGUAAGAAUUAGGUUAUAAUUUAAUUACCGUACCAAAAGAAACUACUGCAUACAAAUGCGAUCUAAAAGACUAUCAUUGGACUAUAAAUGUUGUAUAGAAAGUAAAAUCGGAUACAAUAUUCAAAAUUUUAGGAUGUAUUCUAAUGUUCCUAGAAUUAUUACUGCCUAAAAGCAAUAUUAUAUAACCAAAGAAUUGUAUCUAACAUAGGUAUCAAAACCAACACAAUUUGAAGCUAGUAGCUAGCUUACCAACAUUCUAAAACGGAAUUUCUUUGAUUGCGAAACGAACAAAAUAUACUGUAAUGCUUAUUUAUAUGUAAAUUAAUUUAACAGUUGCUGGUUUUGACAUUUUUUCAAGUUUUCUUUCUUUUACUGAACGUUAAUGUAUUACAAUGCCGUAACAUUAUCAGUAUUAGCUUUUACAAUCCAGACCAAUGGGACCAAUUAUUUAAAUAAGCACCGACUACCUACCAAAGGAAUUUAUUAUCUUCUUUUAACGAGUUUUAUUACGAAACCAUUUAAAUAUUUUGUAAUGACACUUUGUGAACCCGGUUAGUAUGAUUUGCAAUGCUGAAGUUGUGCAUAUAUUAUUUGUACAUUUAACAAAGACGCGAAAUUCUAGUGUACAUAUAAAAUAAAUGUUGUUUCGAAAGUACAAA